AUGCUGACUCGCAUCGGGGAUCUCGAUGACGAGGUGCUGCUUGAGAUGAUAGCGAAACCGCUGGCCGAGUCUGACAUCGCUUCCGCUGUCGCCUUCAAACGAUGCAGCAGACGCUUCAAGAAUCUCGCCACCAAACCGGUCGCAGACGCUGUGAAAAGGACAAACGAGAACUGGCGGGCUGCGGCAGCCAGCAUCGGCGGCCCAGGCGCUGCAAAGAUCAGAGGCGAGCUCGGGCGCAACGAGGUGCUGAAAACACUCGACCUCUCCGGCAAGAAGAUCGACGACGAGGGCGCCGCUGCAAUCGCUGGGGCGCUGCGGGGCAACGCGGUGCUGAAAACCCUCAACCUCCGCUACAACAAAAUCGGCUCCGAGGGUGCUGCCGCGAUCGGCGAGGCGCUGCGCGGCAACGGGGUGCUGAAAACGCUAAAUCUCUCCCUCAACUACAUCGGCGUCGAGGGCGCAAAGGCGAUCGGCGCGGCUCUGCGUGGCAACGGGGUGUUGAUCGAGUUGCGGCUUGACCUGAACCAGAUCGGUGACGAGGGCGCCAAGGCGCUGGCCUCCGCUCUGCGCGUCAACGCGGUGCUGACCACCCUCGACAUCUCCGCCAACGAGAUCGGUCCCGAGGGCGGCAAGGCGAUCGCAGAGGCGCUGCGCGGCAACGGGGUGCUGAACAACAUCGACCUCCGCUUCAACGCUUUGGGCGACGAGGGGAAGGGAGCGAUUCGAGAUGCGGUGAGCGGGCGGGAAGGGUUCAAGCUCCAGAUCUCGUGCUACAUCGAGGGCGCCGCUGCGCUGGCCUCCGCUCUUCGCGUCAACGAGGUGCUGACCACCCUCAAGCUCGUCGACAACAACAUCGGCGACGAGGGCGCCGUUGCGCUGGCCUCCGCUCUUCGCGUCAACGGGGUGCUGACCAUCCUCAAUCUUCGCGACAACGAUUUGGGUGACGAGGGGGAGGGAGUGAUUCGGGAUGCGGUGAGCGGGCGGGUAGGGUUCGAGCUCGAGAUGUGA